GCCAGCAAGGAUUGCAGUGACGUCAAAAUUGAUGCCGCAAAACUAAGGAUUUUGUGGACAAAUUAGACCGGUUAGAAUUCUAUUUAAAAACUGUAAACUAUUCAGGACUGUUUAAUCAGCCAAAUUUGUCUAUAGAAACUGUGGUCCUUGCUGACAUGGGAGGAAGUGAAAUAGGAAUUGAAUAAUAGUCACGUAUGCAAACGAGCGGAAGUGAGACUGUGAACUACAGUGACGUAACUGAGCAGUGAAAUUUGGCCAAAGUUAUUUCAGUCCUGUGUCAGCUUCUUGAGUUGAUAAAAAUAUUGUAGAUGUAGAUCAAAAAAUAUAGGAAGAGAAAAUAGAUAUACUAUACUCUGAGAGAGCAAAUAACAAAGUACAUUCUUGUUUUUCUUUUUUAAAUGGAUUUUAUGAUAUUUUUAUAUUGUUGCUAAAAUUUGAAGAAAAGUAAAAUCAUGCAGGUGUCUGAACCAAACGAUGUAAAAAUAUAUAAUUUAAGCGCAGGAAAAUCUUUACCCGAGUGGUUGUCUGAGCGGAAACGACGGUCUUUACUUAAAAAAAAUGUGGAUAUUAAGAGAAGAAUUGAACUGAUUCAAGAUUUCGACAUGCCAGGUCUCAGUACUACUAUCCGAGUUUCAAGAGAUGGUAACUAUAUUUUGGCUAGUGGAAUUUAUAAGCCAAGAAUAAAAUGCUUUGAUGUGAAUAAUUUAUCUUUAAAAUUUGAAAGAUGUUUUGAUUCAGAAGCAGUAACUUUUGAAGUACUUAGUGAUGAUUAUAGCAAGUUGGUGUUUCUUCAAUGUGAUCGGUAUAUUGAAUUUCAUGCAGCAUAUGGAAGAUAUUACAGAUUAAGAAUUCCAAAAUUUGGACGAGACUUGCAGUACCAUUAUCCCAGUUGUGAUUUAUUUAUUGUUGGCGCCUCGUCAGAAAUAUAUCGAUUAAAUUUAGAAAGAGGUCAAUUUAUGACACCAUUUAGCAGUGAAGCAACUGAAAUUAACAAAUGUGCAAUAAAUAGUGUUCAUAAUUUAUUAGUGUGUGGUACGCAAGAGGGCAGAGUAGAGGCAUGGGAUCCACGAAUAAAAGAGAGAGUCGGUGUAUUGGAUUGUGCUUUUACAUGUGUCACAGAAAACAAAGAAUUACAAGGUUUUCCAUCAAUAUCAUCAUUAAAAUUUAAUGAUGCAUUGCAGUUAGGUGUAGGUACAACUACUGGCCAAAUAUUACUUUACGAUAUACGAUCAGAUAAACCGUUUAUCACUAAGGAUCAUAUGUAUGGAUUGCCUAUUAAAAACGUUGAAUUCCAUUAUCAGAAUAAUAUAGUUUAUUCUUUGGAUAACACAAUAUUAAAACUGUGGGACAAAAAUAGUGGAAACUUAUAUACAUCAAUUGAGGCCUCUACAGAGUUUAAUGAUCUGUGUUUGGUACCAAAUACAGGGUUAUUCUUCUUAGCAAAUGAAAGCACCAAGAUGCAAACUUAUUAUAUACCUAGUUUAGGGCCAGCCCCAAAAUGGGCUAGUUUUCUUGAUUCACUUACUGAAGAACUUGAAGAAUCCCAUUCAGAAACAGUUUAUGAUGACUAUAAAUUUGUCACUAAACAAGAAUUAGGAGCGUUAGGUUUAGACCAUCUUAUAGGAACUAAAUUACUUAGGGCCUAUAUGCACGGUUACUUUUUGGACGUUAGAUUGUACAAAAAAGCAAAAUCCUUGGCUGAUCCACUUGCAUUUGAGGAAUACCGGAAGAAAAAGAUUCGCGAGACGAUUGAAAAAGAAAUGGAAGAUAGGAUUCAAGUUAGUAAACUUCCCAAAGUUAAUAAAGAUCUUGCACUUAAACUUAUGACUGUUGAUGAACAAAUAAAGAAAAAGAAUAAUAGUUCUGCAAUUCUUCAAGAUAGCAGAUUUAAAGCUCUGUUUGAGAACCCUGACUUCGAAGUGGAUAAAAAUACUGAAGAAUAUAGACUUCUUAAUCCGGUUUUAUCGAAAUUAAAUAAACCAGAUAAGAGCGAUUCUAAAAUGCGUCUAUAUGAAAUAAAGCAUGGAGAAAGCUUCAAAGGAAUUGAAAGUUUCAAAGGAAAAGUUAACAAGGUAUCUCUUGGUGAACGAUUAAAUUCCGAAGAUGUGUCAGUCAAAUUACUUGGUUCUGUUGGAAAUAGAGAAAUGACAUUUUCAACGCAGAAAAAAAGAAAAUCCAAAUUAGAAGAAAUAAAGAAAAGACACAGAGAUGAAAGAAAACGGCUCAUACGUCCGACAUUUAAAAUUAAAUCUAAACGAAAUCCAUUUAAUAAAAGAUAACUAAACAAUU